GGGCUUAGUGAACGGUAUGAAUCGGGUAUGAACGAAUCCCGCGUCCAAAAAAAAAAUCGCGCGAGGCGUACUGAUAAAAUAAAACAACAGCAGAACAGAUAACAUUUUUUAGAAUGAAUGCGACCGCCACCGCCGAUCUAGUUUUAGUACCCUACAUAGUUGUAUUAUCAUCUUCGAAAAGAAACUCUGCGAAAGAACAAUUUCAUUAUGAAUUGUUUGACGAUAUGUUCACGCGCCGUCAAGCCUUCGAUCGCUGCCAUCAACUGUGGUAGAAUCAGCCUCAACCGAAGCGUCUAUAUUUUUGCAUCGAAACCGUACGCCUGUUAUAGCCAAUUGACCAACAACGUCAGCAAAUGCCGCCCUGGAUACUUGAAGAGUUUCACCUUGAAUCAGAUUGCAGCUAACGGUAAACGACUGGCAUCGAACAAUUCGGUUUCUCGGGUGCCAUCUUAUAAAAACAAAGAUCACGGUAACGUAUGGUUGUGGGAACGUUUCGUGGCUGUAGGAUUGCUCGGAGUUAUUCCAUUUGUAGCCGAUAAAUCGAUGGAUAGGGCGAUCGAAUAUGUAGCCGCUAUUCUUCUAACUGUGCACUUACAUUGGGGCCUGGAAGCGAUUUGUGUAGAUUACUUGAGACCAUCUGUAGUGGGCAAUUUUAUACCAAGAUGUAUCCCUGUCUUGGUUUUGGCUCCGCUCGUUUUCAUCCUUUACGGUAUCGUUGAAUCGAUUCUGGCCGAACGUGGAAUUACUCACGUACUUAAACAGUUCUGGUAUUUGAAAACCAACGAGCAACUGAAAAUCGAAGCAGGUCAGUAGCGAAUUUCGAUUCGGUGUCGGCGGUUCAGCGGCGUAAAUCGUAGUCGAUUACUUUUUUGUUUCCUGUUUAUUUUUUAUUAAGUACUCUCAUUGUAUCAAUAUACGUUCUUGUGGUUUGAA